AUGUAUGAUCCAAAAAUGAAUUUGGCGUUUUUCAUCGAAAUUUUACGAAAGUUAUUUAAUGCCAAUUUAUUUGGCAUGGAUGAUAACAUUAAUCGUUUAAAUCGCUUUUAUACAAUAGUAGGUUUAUUAGUUGUCCAAAACGAUCAUUAUGAUGAACGAGCUGACCAUAUUCGAUCGAGUAUUCGAUAUCGUCAUCCAUUUUACCAUCAUUCGGAACAAUUAAAAAGACAUUUGUACGAAUUAAUGUGGGUAGAUAUACACCAAUCUCCUCCAAUAGCUGAAACAAGUACACUCGAAGUAACACCAUCAGCAAGUAUCACAUUCGAUUACCCAACUACACCCGAUGAGCAACCACACAGACACAAAGCUACAAAUUUUCAAAUGCCGGACAGUCGUCUUGGUAAAAUCAGAAGUGUUUUGGGAGUAUGUUUUGGACACUUAUGGUCAAAUUUUAAAAUUGGGAAUAACAACUUUAAAGCAUUAACAAAAUGCAUUAUACCACUAAAUGCAAUCAAUGAAAACAAUUUUGUAAUAGUAAGUGUCGUAAGUUACAUUAAGCCCAUUUCAUUUAGGUGAUUUCCAUGGGAUGUAUACCGUACUUUACAGCGAAGUCUGGCACAUUAGUCGAGACCUAUCUCAUUCGAAAGAGCAUCAAAUUCUGAGCCAGGAAAUGUAUUUUUAAUUUUCUAAGUCGAUGCGAACAGGUCCGGGACGGGCUCGGGGGG